UGUAAUUCUCCUCUCACCCAAUCUUGCAGAUACAAACGAAAGUUCCUUUUUUUAGCAGACAAGUAACAUUAACACUCUAUCUCAACUCCACAGAUUCCUAUAUCUUUCACAUGACACUUCUCUCUCUGCGUCAAACACACCUACCUUCCAGUUUGAGCUCCGGCCAUGGCGUCUUUACCUUCGGGUCGCAGCAACGGUGGUUCCAACGGCUUUGAUUUGGGUUCCGGUGACAUCCUUUAUUCGUACGACGAGGAGGACUAUACCAACCACGAUUCUUCUAACGGCACUCACAUCGAUCCCACCAAGGAUUCUCAUGCAUCAAGGAUGGGAAGAACAUCAAUAGUUCCUGCUACUGCCUAUAGUCCGUCUGAAGAUUCUUUGAGCCAGGAUGUGAUUGCAACUGUCGAGAAGAGUAUGAAAACACAUGCUGACAACCUUAUGCAGUUUCUUGAGGGACUUGGUACUAGGCUGUCACAGUUGGAAUUAUAUUGUUACAAUCUGGACAAAUCAAUUGGGGCAAUGCGAUCUGAUUUAACUUGUGACCACGAGGAAACAGAUUCAAAACUGAAUUCUCUUGAUAAACACCUUCAGGAAGUACACAGGUCUGUGCUAAUUUUGAAAGACAGGCAAGAGCUAGCUGAGACUCGGAAAGAAUUAGCCAUGCUUAAACAUGCUCAGAAAGAAUCAUCUUCCUCAAGCCAUUCACAGUCAAUUGAGGAGAGAUCUUCACCUUCUUCCAUGGAUCCCAAAAGAAUUGAUAAUGUAUCUGACACACAGAACCAAGAGCUAGCUCUUGCCUUGCCUCAUCAAGUUACCCCCCGGCAACAGCCUGUGGCAUCCUUCUAUCAAGUGCCUGCCCCAAAUGUGAGACAAGCCACUCAACGACCUCAUUAUUACUUGAUGCCCACCCCUUUGCCCAAUCCACAAGCUGUGAACCAGCUUCCUCAGAAUCAGUAUUGGCCUUCUGAUCUACUGUAUCGAAUUCCACAAUCAACAUCAUCAUCUCAGGCAACCCAAUCCCCACCCGUGCAACAAUUUUUGCAGUAUCAGCAGCUACAGCACCAACAACAGCAAUGGCUUCCACAGUUACCACCACAGCAGGUGCAAGUGCCACCUCCACAACCACCCUCAGCACAGUCUCAAGUGAGACCCCCCUCGGCAAAUGUUUACACUCCAUAUGCUACCAGCCAAGCUACAAAUCCUCUGCCCACAGAAACACUACCAAACAGUGUGCCGAUGCAAAUGCCUUAUUCAGGAAUUCCACCCCAAGGAUCUAGCCAUGGUGGUGGUAGCAGCAGCGGCGAUGCCAUGCCAAAUGGAUACAGCGGAGCUGGUAGAACAGUUCCACAGCAACCUCUGCUCCAGCUCAUGAGGGGUUCUUUUUCAGCACAGCCAGCUGAUGUGUAUGGAACUAGUGGGGCCCAGUCCCACACCACGCGUCCUCCGGCUAGUUCCUACGAUGUGUAUGAUGGCGAGAAUGCCAGAGCACAUUAUCCACCCCAGCCUUCUCAUUAUGCUCAAGCUGGAUAUCCUCCAACUAGUGCUUCCCAUCAGAACCAUGCACCACAUAAUCUUAUGGUCGGGAGUACUAGCCAGUCACAAUUUAUUCGUAGCCAUCUCUACAAUGAUUUGAUCGAGAAAUUUGUGAGCAUGGGAUUUAGAGGCGAUCAUGUAGCAAACAUUAUCCAGAGGAUGGAGGAAACUCAGCUGCCUAUAGAUUUUAACUCUGUAAAUGACCGGUUGGAUGUGCAUAAUCCCCAGAGGGGAUGGUCAGGGUAAAGAACUUGUACUGCAUAUACCGUUUGAACAAUGGUGUGCACCAAAUUCUGUUUGAACAAUGUUAUCCAGCAUGUCCUGUAUGAACAAUGUUGUCCAGGACCAGGAUGCUCCGUUCAAACUCUCAAAUCAUUGCGUGUUUUAGUAUGCAUGUAAUAGUAAACCUUGAUGUAAUGUGCACGGUAUACCGUAUAUAGUGAAUGGAAUUGGGUACUACACUUGAAAUCAUUUAUUCAAAAGAAGGUUAAUCAUUUGAAAUCAA